AUGGUGCGCAAACUCAAGCACGACGAGCAUAAGCUCCUGCGGAAAGUUGACUUUGUCAACUAUCCCACCGACGACCAGCAUCGCUCCGCCGAAGUCAUCCGAAAAUAUUCGGUCUCCAACGCCGCCGACUACAGCUCCUACAACCGUCUCGCAGGAAAGCUGCGCCAUCUUGCCCAUCGUCUCGCACUUCUUCCACCAGAGUCKACAUUUCGACGAAAGCAGGAAGAUGUACUGCUGGAGAAGCUGCACGACAUGGGUCUGCUGGGCAUUGGCGGCGGUGGAAAGGGCAAGCUGAGCGACGUCGAGAAGAAAAUCACAGUCUCCGCCUUCUGCCGGCGGCGGCUUGGUGUUGUCAUGACCCGUCUCCGCAUGGCCGAGACAGUCUCUGCGGCGAACAAAUUUGUCGAGCAAGGACACGUCAGAGUCGGGACGGAAGUUGUGACGGAUCCCGCAUUUUUGGUGACCAGGAACAUGGAAGACUUCGUCACGUGGGUCGACUCCUCGAAGAUCAAGCGCAACAUCAUGAAGUACCGUGACAAGCUGGAUGACUUCGAUCUGUUGUGA